CUGUGUACACCUGAUCAUCUGCAGGACUGCAUCAUACGAGAGGUAGAUCUGAAAUGCGGAGUACCGAAAGUAAUAACUACAAAGGUAGCCUUCGAACGGGAGCAGGAGAGUAUCAAUCCCAUCAGACCGACUUGCAAUCACAGUGCCAUUACGUUUGUCAACAUGAAGACCACGACUUCUACACUUGCAGUACUUCUUGCAACCUCAGCACGUGCACAGUUAUUUUAUAACGAAACUUCUGCCCCCUUCAACCUCGUUUUGACAUCCGAAAAUUCCACCAUCAAUGGGUCUACACUCUCAGCAUGUCACACCGGGGCAGCAAUAGAGUCGCUAUGCCUCUCCUCGGGAGGCGGCGUUUCAAAUCCCACUCCCAUUGCAGCGGCCACAUUCAACUUCAACACCUCAACCGAUCCUUUCACUCCCAAUGCCACACUCGGCACACCCGGCAUCUUGACAUGGACUCUGAAAACCACCAGUCUUGAUGUUCCUUCAAGUGUCUACUUCAACAACGAUCCUACCACUGACUCGGCCAUUCCAAUUCUCACUCCUGGGCAGGAGAAUCCCCAGCUGUUAGCGUUCGACGACCAGGACAGACUGAAUGUGCAAGGAUACAUUGAUUGGACAGCAAAUCCACCGAACUCAACUGGAACGACUGUGGCGUACUACAGGUGGUAUGCUUGUCAGACGUACUUUGGGGGCUACAGCUACCGCACCCUAGCUUGGGGUUUCGGGAACGAGAAGCCGGAGAAUCCGACGUGUGUGAAGACUGGUGUGAAGAGGAUUUUCGUCUGAGUUGUAACUUGCAGUAAAACACAGAUUUUGUAACCUACCGCAUAACAAAUUCUAUUCUUAUUGAUCAUUCCGA